AUGCCUACCUGGAAAACCCUCCUCACGCUGGCUCUAGCCGGCACCGCAGCCUCAUGCUCCCACCACAACGACGCCGAAGUCGUACCCGAGCAUGAGCGAGCAGAACUACUCAAGAAGUGGGAUCAGGAGUGGUCCUUCUCCGGCAUCGCCAGCUUCGCCCACCUCAAACCCGUAAAAUGCCUAAUCGAACCCGACGAACACUACGACAUCGCCAUAAUCGGCGCCCCCUUCGACACAGCCGUCAGCUACCGCCCAGGCGCCCGGUUCGGGCCACGAGCCAUCCGCGCCGCCAGCGCACGCCAAAUGGCCGGUACUAGCUACAACACGCGGGCAGGGAUAAACCCGUACCAAUCCUGGGCGAAGAUCACCGACUGCGGCGACAUCCCCAUAACGCCCUUCGACAACGGCCUCGCCGAGCGACAGAUGUACGAAGCCUUCCUCGAGCUAGGCUCGAGGCGGAUCGUCAACAAAGCGCCCAACGCCAAGGGCAUCGGCGCCUCGCACCCGAAGCUCGUCACGCUGGGCGGUGACCACAGCGUUGCAUUGCCGGCGUUGCGGGCUUUGCAUAAGAUCUACCAGAAACCAAUUACGGUUCUGCACUUCGAUGCGCACCUCGAUACGUGGAAUCCGGUUCGGUACAGUGCUUACUGGCAGUCUGAGCAGACGCAGUUUAACCACGGGUCGUUUUUCCAUAAGGCGAGUCGCGAGGGACUGAUUUGUAAUUCUACUUCUGCGCAUGCGGGUUUGCGGACCAGACUUACAGGUGUUGAUGCGGGGGAUUAUUUGAAUCCCGGGCCGGAGCAGGGUUUCACGCGCAUUCAUGCGGAUGAUAUUGAUGAGUUGGGGCCUAUGGGGGUUGUGGAGGCUAUUAUUGCUAGGACGGGGCUUGAUCCCGAGCAGCCGGUUUAUCUUUCUGUUGAUAUUGAUGUGUUGGAUCCGGCUACGGCGCCUGGAACGGGCACCCCGGAGCCCGGUGGUUGGACUACCAGGGAGUUUAUUCGCAUUCUGAGGGGGUUGGAGAAGUUGAAUCUGGUUGGCGCGGAUAUUGUGGAGGUUUCGCCGGCUUAUGAUAAUAAGGGGGAGACUACGGCACUUGCGGCCGCGCAGGUUGCUUUUGAGAUUAUUACUAGUAUUGUUAAGUCGGGGGUUGAUGAGGAGAUUGGGGGGUGGUAUCCUUGGAUAGAGGUUGAGGCGAAGAAGAAGGAGGCUAAGGAUGAGCUUUGA